CAAACAAUUUGAAAAAAUUAAGUCAUGGCUUCGGAGUCCGCUGCCAUGGACAUUUUGGACAGCGCAGAAGCAUCUUUGAAUGUGGCUCCGACCGCUUUGGUGAAGAAGGAAAGAAAGGUGCAGCCGGCAAGCGACGAGACAACACUGGAGAAAAAAGCAAAAAUGGAAAUAGAUGCGGAAAUGAAGGACUUGACUAAUGACAGUCCCAAUUCAAGAAAGUCUCAAGAAAAGGAUCCAGAGGCACUUGAGGACGCCAAGGAUCCCGAAGCUGACAGUAGCAUUGAGUUGCUGUGUAGCCCUACUCCCGCAGAGGCUACAGAUGUAGAUGCAAUGGCCUCAAAAACCGAAUCGGACAACAGCGUGGAGCUCCUCGAAAGCCCCCUCAAAUCGCCUUCCUCAAACGAUGUUAACGAUGAAGAGUUGUUGCCACUUGAAGAGAAGGAAAAACCAGGCCCCGCAAAGGAGUUGGAGCCAAAAGAAAGUGAACCCGACAGCAAGGAAAGCAGCAAAAGUGAAGCGUUGGCUGACAGCAGCAUUGAACUAAUAAGCAGUCCCACUUCGGAUGAUUCGCUUGCAAAGGAGAAGGAGGUGGAGGUGAAGGAGGAACACGGACAGCAAGCUGAAGCUCAGGUGCUGCAAGAGAUUCCACGGAAAGCUGACGACAGUUUCAAACUGCAGGAUGAUAUAGCUAUGGAAGAAGAUGUACCAGUUCCAAGAUCGAAAGCAAUGCAAGAAUCCAAGGAAACCCAAAAAACUACAACUAAGCUGGAGCCGCUUGUCGAUUCCAUCAAGGAUGCAAUAGAAGGUGAGCCAAAAGAUAAACGAAAUAAUAAUGUAGAUUCAAUGGAAAUCGAUGAAUCACACAUUGAAUCCGCCAAAAAAUCCGACAACGAAAUUCUCGCGGUAGAUCUAGAAAUAGGUAGCCCUCCAAAAGAAGCUGAGGAAAAGUCUAAAAGCGACUUUGCCUGGGAUGGGAGGAUCUCUUACAACAAAGAUUGCAUCAACUGCAACUGCAAGCGGCUAAAGAAGCAGUAUGUGCUGGCGUGCGUGGCUAUUCUGAACUUCUACAAGGUCCCGAGGAAGUUGAAAAGGUCGCAGUACGUUUGCCUGGACUGCUACGACACGGCCGUGGAAAUGUACGAGGAAUAUGCUGGACUGCUGUUGGCAAAGCAACCGCUGCUGCUGAGGGAAUUUAAGCAGGAGCAGGCUGAUUUUGUGACCCUGGACAGCAGCGACGAGGAGGAGGACGAAAAGACACCAGAAAAACCCGAGUUUUCCAAAAAUGUUUUGGAUCUGAUCGAGAACGAACUGGAAGAUGCCAUUAAGAAGACGCUGAAUAAGGUGGAAUUUUCAAAUCAAUUCAACUGGUCCAAAACUAUCCUUCAAGCCAAAAUUGAGCGAUUGGCAAAGCAGUUCGAGGAGGUGGAUUUACAGCUGGCCCAGGUCCAAGGCUUGGCUGACAAAAUGCACUGCUCCGUGUACAACUCAUGUCAGGUGGUUCACAAACAAUUGCCUCCUCUGGAUCUCCAUCAAAAUAUCUGCCCUAGUGAUUAUAAACGCCUGCAGCAACUGCCAGCUGCUGGUGAUAUCGUACGGCCCCCGAUCAAAAUUGGGGAGACCUACUACGCCGUCAAGAACAAGGCCAUUGCUAGCUGGGUAUCUGUAAGUGUGAUGGAGAUCUGCGACACCACCACCGGCGGAGGUGUCACCGUGAAGGCCUAUAAGAUCAAGUAUCAGCACAUGCCAUAUCCGAUGAUGAAGACGGUGGCGGCCAAGCACUUGGCCUAUUUUGAUCCGCCGACAGUGCGUCUGCCCAUCGGUACACGCGUGAUCGCAUUCUUUGAUGGCACAUUGGUAGGUGGCAAAGAGAAGGGCGUGGUGCAGAGUGCUUUCUAUCCGGGCAUCAUCGCCGAGCCCCUGAAGCAAAACAAUCGCUUUCGCUACCUGAUAUUUUACGACGACGGCUACACCCAGUAUGUGCAUCACAGCGAUGUACGUCUGGUGUGCCAGGCAUCCGAAAAGGUGUGGGAGGAUGUACAUCCCGCCUCGCGCGAUUUUAUCCAGAAGUACGUGGAGAGAUAUGCGGUGGAUAGGCCCAUGGUGCAAUGCACCAAAGGACAAAGCAUGAACACCGAGUCGAACGGCACCUGGCUGUACGCCCGAGUCAUUGAAGUCGACUGCAGCCUGGUGCUGAUGCAGUUCGAGGCUGACAAGAACCACACGGAAUGGAUCUAUCGCGGCUCGCUGCGCCUGGCUCCCGUCUUCAAGGAGACCCAGAAUUCUCUGAAUGCCGACUGUGCCAUCCACCAGAUGAGGGUCCCAAGGCGCACGGAACCGUUCAUACGUUACACCAAGGAGAUGGAGUCCAGCAACAUGCAGGUGGAUCAACAGAUACGUGCCAUAGCCCGCAAAAGCACUUCGAAGUCAGGUUCGCCUGCAUCAACUGCAGCACCUCCAACUGGAUCAUCCUCAUCCUCCGCUGUCCGUCACCUGAACAACUCCACCAUUUACGUGGACGAUGACACCCGUCCCAAGGGUCAGGUGGUGCACUUCACGGCAAAGCGUAAUAUGCCGCCGAAGAUAUUCAAGAGCCACAAAUGCAAUCCGGGCUGUCCCUUCCCGAUGAUGCACCGUUUGGACAGCUACAGUCCGCUGUCCAAGCCACUGCUGUCAGGAUGGGAGCGCAUGUUUAUGAAGCAGAAGACCAAGCGGACUGUCGUCUAUCGCGGUCCGUGUGGCCGGAAUCUGCGCAACAUGGCCGAAGUGCACACCUAUCUGCGGCUAACCAAUAAUGUCCUGAAUGUAGACAACUUUGAUUUCACUCCCGAUCUGCGCUGCCUGGCCGAAUACUACAUAGAAUCGACCAUCGUCAAGGAGGCGGACAUCUCCAAGGGGCAGGAGAAGAUGGCGAUUCCUCUAGUCAACUACUACGACAACACACUGCCGCCGCCCUGCGAAUAUGCCAAACAGCGCAUUCCAACCGAGGGCGUGAACCUGAAUCUCGACGAGGAGUUCCUUGUGUGCUGCGAUUGUGAGGAUGAUUGUUCGGACAAAGAGUCGUGCGCCUGCUGGCAGCUGACCGUGACCGGCGUCAGGUACUGCAAUCCCAAGAAGCCCAUUGAAGAGAUCGGUUACCAGUACAAGCGUCUGCACGAGGGCGUACUGACGGGCAUCUACGAGUGCAACUCACGCUGUAAAUGUAAGAAGAAUUGCUUGAACCGCGUGGUCCAGCACUCGCUGGAGAUGAAGCUGCAGGUAUUCAAAACCUCCAACCGUGGCUGGGGACUACGCUGUGUCAACGACAUUCCCAAAGGCGCCUUCGUGUGCAUCUAUGCCGGUCACUUGCUGACGGAGGCGAAGGCCAAUGAGGGCGGUCAGGAUGCGGGGGACGAAUACUUUGCCGAUCUCGACUACAUUGAGGUGGCCGAGCAGCUGAAGGAGGGCUAUGAGUCGGACGUGGAGCGCGCGGAUCUGGACCACGAAGAUGACAACUACGGCCCCGAUGCAGAGGACGACGAUGACUUUCGACCCAACAACUAUUAUCAGAAGAAGAAGGAAAAGCUGCGCUCCUCACGCAGCAACAGCAGCAGCACGCAGAACACCGAAUUGGACUCGCAAGAACGGACAGUAAUUAGCUUCAAUCCAAACACUGAUCUGGAUGAAACAGUGCGUGAAAACUCUGUGCGCCGCUUCUUUGGCAAAGACCAGACCCCCUUCAUCAUGGACGCGAAGACAACUGGCAAUUUGGGACGCUACUUCAAUCAUUCGUGCAGCCCCAAUCUGUUUGUUCAGAAUGUCUUUGUGGAUACCCACGAUCUGCGUUUCCCCUGGGUCGGCUUCUUCGCGUCCUCGCACAUUCGCUCUGGCACAGAGCUGACCUGGAACUACAACUACGAGGUAGGCGUGGUCCCCAACAAGGUUCUCUAUUGCCAGUGCGGUGCCCAGAACUGUCGAGUGCGUCUGCUCUAGUUUAGUUUCAAGCUCCAACAUAAUAUAAAAUAAACAAUUUAAAAGAUUUUUUUUA